AUGGUUCCCAGUGAAGCCCUUCAGAUGACAGGGACUGUUCAAUUACUUCUGCAUUUCAAAUGGAAAUGGGUAGGAUUUAUUAUUAUAGAUGAUGAUAGUGGAGAUCAUUUCUUGCAUUCGAUGGAGCCUCUGUUUUCUGAGAAUGGAAUCUGCUCAGCUUUCACCAGAAGAGUUCAAAAGAAUGCCCGAUCAUUUAGUGCAGAGGAAGUUAACAUUUGCAUUAAAAAUAAUAUUCCAGAUUUCAUGGAGAGCAACACCAAGGCAUGUGUUAUUUACGGGAACACUCAAACCAUUACAUGGCUAGAAUUUAUGAUAUGGCUUACAACAUUCUUUCUUCCGCUACGGUUUCCAGAAUAUAAGGGUAAAGUUUCUGCAGGAAAAGUAUGGAUCAUGACAUCCCAGGCUGAUUUCUUGGCCAAUCUAUUCCAAAAGUAUUUUGAUAUUCAAAUGUUCCAUGGUGCUAUGUCCUUCACUAUUCACUCAACAGAACUUGUAGGAUUCCAAGAAUUUCUUCAGAAUACCAAUCAUUUGGAGGAAAAGGGAAAUACAUUCAUCCAGGAGUUCUGGGAGCAAGCAUUUGACUGUUUAAUUCCAAAUUUGGUUAGGCCCAAAGAUGCAGAUGAAACAUGCACAGGGGAGGAGACCCUGAAAGACCUUCCUACAACGUAUUUUGAAAUGAGCAUAAGUGGCCAUAGUUAUAGUAUCUACAAUGCUGCCUAUGCUGUGGCUCAUGCCUUGCACACCAUUUACACUUCUAGUUUCUUCCUGAGAAGAGCAGAGGAUAGUGGGAAACUGACUCCAUUGAAUGUGCAACCCUGGCAGCUCCACUCAUUGCUUCAGAGGAUUUCAUUCAACAACAGUGCCAGAGAACAGAUUGUGUUAAAUGAGCAUGGAGAAUUAACUGGUGGAUUUGAUAUUACCAAUCUGGUCACUUUCCCAAACAACACAUACAUCAAAGUCAAAGUCGGAAUAGUGGAUCCUCAGGCUCCUCCAGGCCAAGAGGUCACCAUUGAUGAGGACAGCAUUGAGUGGCACACAGAACUCCUUCAGGUUCCUCCAUCCUCUUUGUGCAAUGACCCCUGCUAUCCGGGUUUCAGUAAGAAAAUGAAAGAAGGGGGAAAGUUUUGCUGCUAUGAUUGUGCUCCAUGUUCUGAAGGGAGGAUCUCAAACCAAGAGGAUAUGGAUCAUUGCAUCAGUUGUUUAGAAGAUCACUAUCCAAAUAAGGAGCAAGAUCACUGCAUACCCAAGACAAUAAGCUUCCUAUCUUUAGAAGAACCUUUGACCAUCAUUUUAGGCUUUUGGGCCUUUUUCUUCUCUGUGCUUACAGUGCUGAUACUUGCAAUCUUCAUUAAGUACCAGGACACUCCCAUUGUCAAAGCCAACAACCGAAGCCUCACCUACAUUCUUCUUGUCUCUCUCCUUCUUUGCUUCCUCUGCUCUUUGUUCUUCAUGGGACGUCCUACUAAGAUGUUCUGCCUACUCCGACAAACAACAUUUGGCAUCAUCUUUUCAGUAGCUGUUUCUUCUGUAUUGGCAAAAACCACUACAGUAGUGGUGGCUUUCAUGACCUCCAAGCCAGGAAAUAUUUUCCAAAAAUGGAUGGGCAAACAAUUGGCUCAUUCUGUUGUCUCAUCCAGCUCAUUUGUUGAAGUCAUCAUUUGUGUUGUUUGGUUAGCAACCUCUCCCCCAUUCCCAGAUAUGGACACACACUCACUGACAGCACAAAUCAUAGUGCAAUGUAAUGAAGGGUCAGUUACAAUGUUUUACUGUGUCCUGGGUUACAUGGGAAUACUUGCUAGCAUCAGCUUCAUGGUAGCUUUCCUAGCCAGGAAAUUGCCUGACAGUUUUAAUGAAGCCAAGUUCAUUACCUUCAGCAUGUUGGUCUUUUGCAGUGUUUGGCUCUCCUUUGUCCCAACCUAUCUGAGCACAAAAGGAAAGUACAUGGUUGCUGUGGAGAUCUUCUCCAUUUUGGCCUCUAGUGCUGGGCUACUGGGCUGCAUCUUUUUGCCCAAAUGUUAUGUCAUAAUAUUGAGGCCUGAGUUGAACAACAGAGAGCAGCUAGUUAGGAGAAAACAUUAA